AUGUCCGAUACAAUUCAGAUCGAGAACCCGAAACUUGACGAGUAUCGCGAUGCACUAUCGGAAUACAUUAAGAAUUCUCGAUGCGAGGUUCCGGCGCCCUUCUCAAAGCGCGACUCAUUUCCCUUGGUCAAGACAGAACAAAAGUACCCCUACGACGUUACCGGCCAUAUCUUGCUAGAGCUGCUCACAGUCACUGGUGGGGGAUCUGCAAUGAUCAGUUUGAUGGACAUGCGCCACUUUACACAAAAGCUUCACACGUGGAAAACGCGAGGGCCUAUUGAGUUGACACAGCAAAUUAUGUGCAAUCUCAACUACUGGAACUCACGCGCUUCGAAGGAAGCAUCCGCCAAGACCCUUGUCUGUUACGAUCAGUCUUGCGAUGAGGAAGACUGCGGCAUUGUCGAAUCGCCGGAGCGGCGCUCCCUGAGCGAUCGAUCGUUUCAGCCACUCAUACAUGGACACCAACGUCGUCACCAUCAUCAUCGUCACAACAUACAGCGAAGGACAAUGAAAGGAAAUGACUCGGGUCUUCCCGUUCUUGAAAAGAGAGUAUCGCUAUCGCGAGACUAUGACGUCGAAUUGGUGGGCGCUGAUGGGCAGAAGCAUACCGUCACGGUUACUUUACCAGAAUACAAUAACCUUAGCGACCUGUACCCAGACCAUUACAUCAAGGAUGAGAUCAUUGACUACGAUGAUAUUGAUGAUUGUGGUAAUGCGCGUGUAUCAAAAUACAGUCUGCCAUAUGAUCCUGACCCAGACGGCAGAGUCUUUGAGAGUACGACCGAUAUCUCCUGCACUGCUUCGUUUACCUGCUUAUACUGUCUCUAG